AUGAAUGGCAGCAGUGGACGUGGAUCUGGUGCACUCCCACAGCCCCUGUAUUUGUGGGAGAGAGCAGCAUCCCCCAGGCUGCUGGAACCCUCGGGCUGGGGUGUCUCUGCAGCAGCAGGAAAAUGUAAAGUUCCCCCUGACUGGGACCCCAAACUGCAGUUUAACCCAAAGAGGAGCAGCUAUGACUUGAAUGAAGUGGUGCAGCUCAGCUGUGCUGGGAAGUUCGUGCCAUCUGUACCACAGAUCCAAUGCAUUUCCAGAGGGGCCCAGACCCUGUGGAAUGAGACUGCCACCUGCAAAAAAACAUGCCAAAAACCCCACUGGGACUCCAGACUCCAGCUGGCACCAGACCAGGAGAGAUACAAGAAGAAUGAAGAAGUGAUGCUGAGCUGUCCCAAGGGUUUCCAGCCACCCUUCACCCAUGUCAAAUGUACAGGAAAAAUUCUCUCUAUUAUCAAUGGAAAACCUUUAUACAGAGAAGCUUGGAAUGGAAGGGACAGCAGAGGCAGCUGGACCAACAUUCAGCCCAACCCAGGCAGGGUACAGUGCCUUGAGGUCCUCCAGGUUGUCCCUGAGACCUUGAAGGUUUCCAGCACCAGCAUCAAACUGAACUGGACCUGCAUGCUCACUAACAUGUGCCAGCAUAUUCGGGCCAGGUGCCGGCUGGAGCGGCGUUCCUCCUCAAACUGUGAGGCUGAGGAGGUGAAGGGAGAAGAGAUAUUACAAGGCCAGGAGGGAACCUUCACCUGCUCCCCUCUGCAGCCCUUCACUGUCUACAGUGUCACUAUCUCCCUGCUGCCUAGCACAAUCUUGUACACACGGCUCCUCAGCACAAAGGAAAUGGUGCCAGACAAACUGGAAAAGCUGUGGCUGGAUCUCAGCACGGGGUCCCUCAAGUGGAAGACACUGCCCUCCUGCAAAGGGGAGAUCAUUGGAUACCAGCUGAACAUCACCACCAUGAGAGCAGCGGACAGCAGCUUCCUCAAAUUCAGUCAGGUGUUGGUGAACCAGUCUGUCUCCGAGUAUGUGCCACCACAUCAGGCAGCUGGCAGCAAAUACCUGGUGACAGUGCAGGGCCUGACGGCAGCAGGGGCUGGGGCUGCAUCACAGCUGGAAUUCCAAACCUACGCCCUGGGGCAGCCUCUGGGCCCUUGGCCUGAGUCAGCAGUCAUUGUAGUGGUGGUGGUGGUGGUGCUGUUGAUCCCCUUGUCUGCUGGGAUCCUCUGGUUCGUGUUCUGCAGAAAAAAGAAAGCCUUGCCCAGCAAAGCCGAGGAGGAUCACUACACAGAGCUCCAGCCAUAUGAGAAUGUACAUGGGGAUAAUUACUGCGUGAUCAAGACUUUUCUUGAGAAAGAUGCAGAGCAGCAAUUUGUGGGUAUUGGGUGGAGAGGAGGAGAGAAACUCGAGGCUGUGUGGCUGCUGCUGACAGUACAGGCUUGUGGUUUGGACGGGGCUACCUGCUACCCCCAGCUCCUGUCCAGUCACCUCAGUGCCCUUGUGAGGACAUCCAAAGUGGAUGGGAGGUUCUGGAGGAAGAGAAAAGUGGUGGCUGCUGAUGAGCAAGGGGCAUGCACUGCCUUUAUGUGGUUUCUCAAAGGUCUUCCAUCUCCUGUGAUCAUUGAGGGGAAGUGA